AUGUCUCUAGAAAUUAGUUAUGUUCUUAGUACUAGUGAGGACAUUAAAGAUGUCGUCUGCAUAGCAGAGUGGCCAGUUGCCGUCGACGAAAACGAAGGCCGGAAAAUCCCAACCAAGAUUGCAUAUCUAGUUGAGAACAAAACUCUGAGAUCAAACAAGAUAGGCUUCGACUUCAGCAACAAAUGCAAGUCUUAUACCUGGACAAAGCUCCUUCUAGACAGAAAUGCUCCCUCGAAUCAAUACGACGACGUGACUCAUGUCAUAGGCGAAAACGAAGGGAUUAUGGUUUUACCACAGUUCCAAAAUGCAAAGGAAGGAGGAGACAAUUUCUUGAUCUGUGAUUUCGGAGGAGGAACGGUAGAUAUCUCCACAUACAAAGUAACCAUGGUAGUGCCGAAUGUGGAGUUUGAGGAACUUUGCGUCGGGACAGGUGCAAAGUGUGGGUCAACUUUCCUUGACAGUCGACUACACGCGUUGUUAUUCAAUUGCUUUGGUCGGGCUUUUAAAGGUGUGCAGUACUAUGGGAAGGGUCCAGGAGGUGAUUUCAUGACACAAUGGGAAUAUGCCAAGAAGAGGUUUGGCUACAACAUGGAAAGUUGGCAAGAUAUCGAGUUGAGUCGAAUGCGACUCGAUUUUCCUAACUCGAAAUAUUACAAUAGCCUUGAACAUUUUGUGGUACUUACAAAACAAGAUAUGGAAUCUAUAUUUGACCCCAUCGUCGAAAGUAUUAUCGGUCUACUGCAGCGGCAGUUGAUUGAAGUAAGAGUACACAAAAAGGCUAAGAUUCAUUCGGUGGUCUCGGAAGUUCGAAAUAUCUCUAUGAUAAGCUGUCGAUAUGGUGUCGCUUUAAUGGCGAGAUUGAAUUUCUAUGCCCCAAGAGUCCUCUUGAGAGGUGCUGCGAUUCGAGGACUGGAAGAAAUUGCGCCUCGUCUCAAGUACGCUCGUAUUCAUUAUGGGUUCCAAAUCUUUUUACCGUUUCGAGAGGGUAAAUAUAGGGAGGAACAUGCAUUUAUUGGUGAAUUCGACAACGAUAAAUACUGUGAAGUCGGCCAGAUCCGCUCUGUGAUUCCUGCGGAAUUCAACUACGGUGUUAAUAGCAAGUCGAGGUAUAACCCUCGUCUGAAAAAGAUGGUUCAUCUGUUCUACCUCCAGGUUCACACUAUCUUUGGCGAUAGAGGGGCGAAUCUGAAAUUCAGGAUAGCUGUUGGCGGAAGAGCGAUAUCAGAUGCUACAAUUGAUUUUCCAAGGUACUGA